AUCAAUAAAUUUUUGAUCAGCAAGAUGGCGACAAGUGGCGGAAAAAAUAAAUAAUUUAAUUCUGACUUUUUAUAAUUACAGGUGAACGGAUAUUUCUAUUUGGACUUUCUUCAUGAAUAUUUAUUUUUCUAGAUAACAAUUACCUGUAGUUACCUGCCUGAAUCACCUUUACCUUUUUGAAGAAGACCUUUCCGACGCUUUCAACAGCGGUGGAGGUCGCUUAUCGCUAUCAGGUGGGGAUAAUAACCGAUAUAAAGUCCCUUUAAUAUAAAACAGAAUGGCUGGAGUCGGUCAAUUUGUUCUUGCCUCUCGAGUGCUGAGGACAGGCGUCUGUUGCUGCAGAAAUCUUCCAACACUCACAAGAAUUUCUGUCAAACUAUCUACAACAUCUCCGAAAAUGGAUUCCGGCUACAGAACUGAAAAAGAUACUUUUGGUGAACUGAAAGUGCCUAAUGACAAAUACUAUGGCGCACAGACUGUUAGAUCGGUUAUGAAUUUCCCCAUUGGUGGUACCCCUGAACAGAUGCCUCUGCCCGUUGUGAAAGCGAUGGGAAUCUUGAAAAAGGCGGCGGCCAUUGUUAACAAGGGCUUCGGUCUGGACGCGCGGGUUUCGGACGCCAUUCAGAAGGCGGCAGAUGACGUCAUUAGCGGAAAACUCUACAACGAGGGACACUUUCCACUCGUCAUCUGGCAGACUGGAUCCGGCACUCAGACCAACAUGAACACCAAUGAGGUGAUCAGCAACAAAGCGAUCGAGAUCCUUGGCGGGAAGCUGGGCUCUAAGGACCCCGUUCAUCCCAACGACCACGUCAACAAGAGUCAGAGCUCCAACGACACGUUUCCCACCGCUAUGCACAUCGCCGUUGCCAUGGAGAUACAGGGUCUGCUCCUGCCUGCACUCAAGGCUCUUCAUGCUGCUCUAGACAACAAGUCCAAGGCGUUCGCCAAGAUCAUCAAGAUCGGUCGUACCCACACACAGGACGCCGUGCCUCUCACCCUCGGUCAGGAGUUCAGUGGCUACGCUCAGCAGAUCAAGUACUCCAUUGAACGAGUCGAGGCUACUUUGCCCAGGUUGUACGAGCUAGCAAUCGGAGGCACAGCAGUGGGUACCGGCCUUAACACAAAGGUAGGCUUCGCAGAGGGCUGCUGCAAGGAGAUAUCUCAGCUGACCGGCCUGCCGUUUAAGCCGGCACCUAACAAGUUCGAAGCCCUGGCUGCCCAUGAUGCAUUGGUCGAGGUGUCGGGAGCACUCAAUGUCAUCGCUUGCAGUAUCAUGAAGGUGGCCAACGACAUUCGAUUUCUGGGGUCGGGACCCCGCUGUGGACUGGGUGAACUCAGUCUGCCCGAGAAUGAGCCCGGAAGCAGUAUUAUGCCAGGCAAAGUGAACCCGACGCAGUGCGAAGCAAUCACAAUGGUGGCCGCUCAGGUGAUGGGAAACCACGUGGCAGUGACUGUGGGAGGUAGCAACGGCCAUUUUGAACUGAAUGUGUUCAAGCCGAUGAUUGUUAGCAACGUGCUGCGAUCCAUCAGGCUGCUGGGCGACUCCAUGAACGCAUUCAACAAGAACUGUGUCGACGGCAUUGUCGCCAACGAGGAUCGUAUUGCCAAACUGUUGCAUGAGUCUCUCAUGUUGGUCACUGCUCUCAAUCCGCAUAUUGGUUACGACAAGGCAGCUACUAUUGCCAAGACAGCGCACAAGGAGAACUCCACCCUGAAGGAAACGGCCAUUAAGCUGGGUUACCUGACCGCCGAGCAAUUCGACCAAUGGGUUAAACCAGAAGACAUGUUGGGACCUUCCAAGUGAAUCAACAACCAGUUCAUUUCAUAAAAAGUGCCUGUUGGAGGUGUCAAAUUGUAGAGAAACUUGCUGAAAAGACGGUAUCCUAGCAGCUGAAGGUUUUCUCAAUGGUUGCUAUCCUGGUUCGAACCAACAGCAAAGUGUAAUUCAUUGGAAAAUGUAACUUAUCCAAAAUUUGUCUUCAAUUUUUUGAUUCAGUUCAAGAGAUAUCGCGUUGAAAAUAUGAAUUACUUGAAACCAAUAUAGAAUUAAAUGUUGUGUUUGUCCCUAGGUCUAUUUCGCAAGAGAAGAAAUUUGUUUUUCAGUGUUCAAAUAUGUCUAUUUUUGAGAAACUAUCUUGCUUUCACUACCCACUUAUCUUUUCAAACAAAAACGUUUCUAGCAUGUCGAAAAUUUCAUGUUUUCUGUUCGAAAUGAGCUUGGUUUGUCUACCUGCAGCUCUCUCUGUCUGAUAAAUAGUAUCAGACAUAAAAUAGACAAAAAACAUGUAUGUCUAUCUUAAACAGUCUCUCUCUCUGUCAUUAAUAAUUAUUUAUUCAUAUGGUUGGAGAAAGUGAAAAUGAUUUGGUAUACAAGUAAAUAAUUGUCAGAUAUCAACCCAACUGAUGAAAUAGGUUGAUGAAGAUUAAGUAAAUUUAUACAGCAUUAAUUUUACAAUGUACCAAUAUCGAUGAUUAUUCGAUUAAACCGUUAUUAUUUCCCAGAGGACAACACAUAUUGCAUGGCUAUACAAUAAUAUAUUCCAUAUAUGGAAUCACUGUGUUAUACAAGUAAAGCUUUCACAUGGUUAUGGUAUUUAUUUAUCCGAUUGAUAACUUUCAUAUUUACUAUGAAUGCUUGUUAAAACUGUUGUACAGCAAUAAACUGUUGUUUUAUUCUAAA